CAUCGAUAUAGCGUCACCCGUUGCAGAAGGUGGCUCAAAUUCAUUUUGCUGAUUCGGGGCAUUUGGAGAAGUUCAAGUUACAUUUUAUACAACCAUGGGCGCUCCAGAGAGCAAACCAGCGCGCGUACCAAGGACAUUGCACGUAUAUGUGACCAACCAAACCAUAGAUGUCGAACAGAUAUUCAUACGGGUCCUGGGCGACAAAGUAACGGAAAGCGAGAUAAAUGAUCACAUCGUUGGACUUAAAGCUCAAGGACAGGGGGUUCAGAUUGGCGGUAAGAUUGGACAGAAUCAGCAUGACAAACACAUGAAAGGGGCGAAAGAGCGGCGAACUUACAAAACUUCAUCCCAAGGGGGUUUUAUCUAUCUUCCGCAUCGCGAAACCAUGCCAUUUCCAGCUGAAAAUGAUAAUUUAUUGUAUAUCUCAGUACACGACGGGAACAAGGUGUGGUGCACAAGUAUGCCUGUGGAUCCUACACAUUAUGGCUGCAUUACAAUCAAAGGAGACAAAAAGGGAAUUAGCGUGUGCCCAUCCAAUCCCAAGCCUCGUUGGCUCGAAUUCAAAGAAAGAGCUCCUUCAUUUUCCAGAGCCGAUUUGGUAGAGGUUAAUCGAGGACCUGACCAAAUCCCUGUUUAUUUUGGCACAAUCUGGAAAAAUAAAAGCGUCGAUGAGAUUUGUGAAGUAAGCGAAACUGAUAUAGAAAAACGUAAUUAUUAUCAAUGGUCAGGUGCUCCAUCAUUUCUUUCUGUACCAAGGUACGAGUGGGUCAGGGUACAGCGUGGUAACCCCAUUCCAGUUAACGCAGUCAGUGUCAGCGUAGGGGGUGGCUUUCGUCGCGGCGUGUAUCUCGGGCGCGUCAAUGGAGACAGAGCUUGUGGAAUAACAGAGGUGGAUCGUAUGUUUGACCAAUUCGUUUCCUUGAAUAAUAAUUAUACGACGAAUAACAUCGCCACUUCGGGGGAAGUUCUCUUGCUGACCGCAGAGCCUGUGAGCUGAAGCGCUCAAGCGGUCCUGAUGAACAAGUCGACUGGGAGCAUACUUACCAAUAUUAAAAUUGUUUUCGGUUUAAUCACUUAGAAACGUUUUAAAGGUGCUCCGACUGAGAUACUCAGUUCAGCAUCACAAAGUCAAACUAAACAGUUUCUUUUUGUUAUUCUUUUAAGUUUAUUGGCUGUAACUUGCUCUUUUUGGACACCGCUCUGUUCCAUCGACCGGCCAAUUGUUUUAUUUUCCAACCUUUUCCCAUUUGCUUAAUACGAUGGAGAGAAAUAUUAAAAGCGGAAGAAAUUACAAACCGGAAUUUAUUGUGACCUGUUAACCACUAUGUACUAGUUCAUUCACUGCUUUCGAUCGUCAGAAUAUUCUGUUAUAAUUUGGAUGUAUCAACAAAGUUGAAAUGGUAAAUUGGCCACCAUAACGAUUACAAAA